GGUAAACCCCGCCCCCAAUGUUCCCAUCCAGGAAGUAAGUGACCACUAUCAGACCAGCUAAAUCAACAUUUGAAAACAACGAUUGGCAACACACUCGGUCAUUGACAGUGACUUAGAGAUUGAUUAAGUUUUCCUGAUAUCAGCAGCAGACUGUUGUGAUCACAAAAAAACAUAAUCAAGUCCGAAAAUAAAUGUGUCGCUAUAAUGUCAUUAUUGUGAAUCGAGGCGAUAAAAGUUCACAUUUCGAUCGGACUGGUGGUCUGUAAACGGACUGUAUCUCAGUAUUUUUUUCAAGACAACUGCAGAAACUAUUGUUUGUGCGCUACCAAGGGGAUUUUUGCACUCAGGCCUUCCAAGCUAGCCCACGGCCAGGAAAGGCUUGCUAGCUACAAUCCUAUUUGCCUCUGAGAAUUUAUGAGUAACGUUCGCUAGCUUUUUACUUGUAUGUGUUAAAUAAGAUGGACACAGACAAGUUUAACUAUGUCUACAGUUGUGACUUGGACAUUAAUGUUCAACUGAAAAUAGGCAGUUUGGAGGGCAAGCGGGAGCAGAAGAGCUACAAGGCCCUGCUGCAGGAUCCAAUGUUGCGGUUCUCUGGCCUCUACCAGGAGAACUGCUCAGACCUCUAUGUUACCUGUCAGGUGUUCGCAGAGGGCAAGCCCCUGGCGCUGCCUGUGCGCACCUCCUACAAGGCCUUCAGUACACGCUGGAACUGGAAUGAGUGGCUGAAGCUGCCAGUGAAGUAUCCAGACCUGCCCCAGAGUGCCCAGGUGGCCCUUACUGUGUGGGAUGUGUACGGACCGGGCCGAGCCACCCCUGUGGGGGGAACCACCGUCACCCUCUUCGGCAAAUAUGGGAUGUUCCGGCAGGGCAUGCACGACCUGAAGGUGUGGCCGGGGGUGGAGGGGGACGGAGGGGAGCCCACCAGCACCCCAGGGAGGACCAGCAGCAGUCUGGCAGAGGACCAGAUGGGGCGACUGGCUAAGCUGACCAAGGCCCACCGGCAGGGUCACAUGGUGAAGGUAGACUGGUUGGACCGCCUGACCUUCAGAGAGAUAGAGAUGAUCAACGAGAGUGAGAAGCGUAGCUCCAACUUCAUGUAUCUUAUGGUGGAGUUUCCUCGUGUCAAAACUGGAGAAAAGCCUGAGUACAGUAUUGUCUAUUAUGAGAAGGAUGGAGAUGACGCCUCACCGGUGCUCACCAGCGCUGACAUCGUUAAAGUCCCUGACCCUCAGAUGUGCAUGGAGAACCUUGUCGAGAGCAAGCACCAUAAAUUGGCCCGUAGCCUUCGGAGUGGCCCGUCGGACCACGACCUGAAGCCUAACGCUGCCACACGAGAUCAGCUCAACGUCAUAGUGAAUUACCCUCCGACCAAGCAACUGAGCUCAGAGGAACAGGACCUGGUGUGGAAGUUCCGUUACUACCUCACCACUCAGGAGAAGGCACUGACUAAGUUCCUAAAGUGUGUGAACUGGGCGCUGCCCGGGGAGGCUAAGCAGGCCCUGGAGCUGCUGGGGAAGUGGAGGCCCAUGGAUGUUGAGGACUCCCUAGAGCUGCUCUCCUCCCAGUUCACCAACCCCACCGUACGACGCUACGCUGUGACCAGGCUGCAGCAGGCCGACGACGAGGACCUGCUGAUGUACCUUCUCCAGCUGGUCCAGGCUCUGAAAUACGAGAACUUCAACGACAUCCAGUGUGGGCUGGAGCCAGGAGGCAAGCGGGACAGCCAGGGCCUGGCAGAGAGCGCCACCCUGGGGGACCUAGACAGUUCCCAGAUCUUGACUGCUCCAGCAGUGCCCUCACCUGUCCCGAAUGGAAAGGAAGGGUCGGACAGUGAGAAUCCAGAGCAGGACCUGUGUACCUUUCUCAUUUCCCGUGCCUGUAAGAACUCAACACUGGCCAACUACCUCUACUGGUAUGUAAUAGUGGAGUGUGAGGACCAGGACACCCAGCAGAGAGACCUAAAAACCCACAAGAUGUACCUCAACGUCAUUGGGAGGUUUAGCCAAGCGCUGCUCAAGGGUGAUAAGAGUGUGAGGGUGAUGCGGUCUCUCCUGGCAUCCCAACAGACGUUUGUGGACAGACUGGUGCAGCUGAUGAAGGCCGUGCAGAGAGAGAGCGGCAACCGCAAGAAGAAGACGGAGCGACUGCAGGCUCUGCUGGCGGACAAUGAGAAGGUGAACCUGUGUGAGAUUGACCCCAUCCCGCUACCUCUGGAACCCUCAGUCAGAAUCCGAGGCAUCGUACCAGACACCGCCACGCUAUUCAAGAGCGCCCUGAUGCCAGCCAAGCUGAUCUUCAAGGCAGAGGACGGGGCGAUGUACCCGGUCAUCUUUAAACACGGAGACGACCUGAGACAAGACCAGCUCAUUCUACAGAUCAUCUCUCUCAUGGACAAGUUGCUCAGGAAAGAGAACCUGGACCUGAAGUUGACGCCUUACAAAGUCCUGGCUACAAGCACCAAGCAUGGGUUCAUGCAGUUUGUUCAGUCAGUGCCUGUGGCUGAGGUCCUGGCCACUGAAGGAAACAUCCAGAGUUUCUUCAGAAAACACGCCCCCAGUGAAAAGGGGCCAUAUGGCAUCAGCCCUGAGGUGAUGGACACCUACGUCAAGAGCUGUGCUGGUUACUGUGUCAUCACAUACAUCCUGGGUGUAGGAGACAGACACUUGGACAACCUGCUCCUCACAAAGACUGGAAAGUUGUUCCACAUAGACUUUGGCUACAUCCUGGGUCGUGACCCCAAGCCCCUGCCUCCUCCUAUGAAGCUGAGUAAGGAGAUGGUGGAGGGGAUGGGCGGCAUGCAGAGUGAACAGUACCAGGAGUUCAGGAAACAGUGUUACACUGCCUUCCUACACCUCAGGAGGUACUCUAACCUCAUCCUAAAUCUUUUCUCUCUCAUGGUGGAUGCCAACAUUCCUGACAUUGCCCUGGAGCCUGACAAGACUGUUAAGAAGGUGCAGGACAAGUUCCGAUUGGACCUGUCGGACGAGGAGGCGGUGCAUUACAUGCAGAGUCUGAUUGACGAGAGUGUGGGAGCUCUGUUUGCUGCUGUGGUGGAGCAGAUACACAAGUUUGCCCAGUACUGGCGCAGAUGAGAAGGACCAUCUGAACAAUGGAUGAACAGACAGACAGGAGGGGUUGUAUCAAUAGUAACACUCAGUCCCGACACUCCCCCGCCCUUGAGAUUGAGAGGAUCCAUCCAGGACACGGAAGAGGCCAACCUCUACUGCAAAAACAAAACAAUGACUGAUGUUUUCAUUUUGUAUAUAUUAUAUAUAGAUAAAACUAAUGGCCAAAUAAAAACCAUGUUGAUACAGUGCAA